AUACUCAAUAUUUUAUAAUAUAGGAAAAUGUCCCAAGUCUUUAAAGGAAGAGUAUUGGAUUAAAUUUUCCAUCAUUUUUAACAGAUGAACAAAUGUUUGGAUAAAGAGAAAGGAAUAACCGAGAAGAAAUGGGAGCAGAGAGGUUAAAAAGCAUUUGCUGGUUGUUCACGUGUCUGUUGUUUGCAGCAUUGUGUCGUCCAGCCCUAACCUCACAGUCUCGCAGGGACAGUCAGCUGAAGGAUUAGAACUCUGACUGGGUAUCAGCAUUGGCAGUCGAGCUGAAGCAGUAUUCACACAGACAACUUUUGUAUUCAGACGUUGGUGGGGCCUCUAGUUCUGUGUGCACUCCUCCUAACUGUGCUUUCCUGCACAUUCCCAAUACUCCAGCCUCAUAGAAAGGGGAGAAGAGCCACAUGAACACUGUGCUGGAGGCAACAUGGAUGCUGGAACUGUGACAAGUUUAUCAGACUUGUCCAAUUCCUUCAAUCACUUUCUCGUGAACUACAAAGACCCAAAGCUCUUGUACUGUGCAAAUGGAGGUUACUUUGUUCGAAUUCUCCCUGACGGACAAGUAGAGGGGACGAGAGACCGCAGCGAUGCAUACAUUCGGCUCCAGCUGCAGGCUGUAAGUAGAGGAGUGGUGUCGAUUCAAGGGGUUGAAUGUGGGCGCUACCUAGCAAUGAGCGAAAUGGGACAACUUAAUUCCUCACUGAUCCUGACAGAUGAAUGUCUCUUCCUCGAAACAUUAGAGGAGAAUGGUUAUAACACUUACAAGUCUAAGGAAUAUCUGGAAAGGAACUGGUACGUCGCUAUUCGAAAGAACGGAAAUGCCAAACCAGGACCAAAAACUAAUGUCGGGCAGAAAGCUAUCCUGUUCCUUCCCAUGCCAGUUACAAGUGAUUAAAUGUAUAACUGCAGCAUUAAACAGUCUCUGAAUGAAUCAACCUCUGAACGUACAGAAAUGCUCCACAUAGGUUAAGCAGUUGCUAGACAAUGUGUCACUGGGGAUAAUGAUAGGACAUGGUAGUGGGACAUGUAAUGUUUUUAUUUCCCGUGUUUUCAUUUCUAUUCCAACUUUUUCUAUCUUGAAAACAUUGGCUUUCGCAGGGACAAGCAAGGCAAUCGCACCUGGGGUACCAUGUGCUUUCUGGCCUUCAUGUUACCAUCCAUCACAUCAGAGCUUAGAUGAUGAGACAGAGCUAAGGGCACCAGAGCCAAGCCAAUCCUGGCCUCUCUGGACAAUAAGCACACACACCAUACACACACACACACACACACACACACACACACACAUACACAUCAUACACACACACAUACCACACACACACACACACAUAACCACGCACACACACACAUGCCACACACACACACCAUACACACACACACAUACCACACACACACACACGCACACACAUACCACACACACACACGCCAUACACACACACACAUACCACACAUACACACACACACACACACACCAUACAUACACAUCACACACACACACACACACACAAUACAUACACAUACACACACACCCACACACACAUACAUACCACACACACUCACCAUACAUACACAUACACACACACAAACACACACCACACACACACAUACACACUACACACACACGCACCAUACAUACACACACACACCAGACACACACCCACACACACGCACCAUACAUAUACACACACACACAUAAACACAUACACAGACACACACACACAGACACACACACAUGUACACACACACAUGCAGAGGAAACAUUUAGCAACAACAAUGGCAGCAUAGAGAUUUUGAGGGUGGGGUUUCUGGAUUGUUUUUAAUACUGACUAGCCCAAGCCACGAAUGGAAGACAACCGUGUCUUCCCAACUGAGCCAAGCAGACCAGAAAAGGUACAGGGAACAUUCAGUUUAUUAUUAGCAUUUAUCUUAUCAAUAGUGGGCAUAUGGGUUGCAUCUAUGUUGAGCAUCUGGUUCGGUCAUUGACACUUUACAGCGAAUGUGGGAGAGUAGCUUUUCCGCAUCCUCAUCUAUACUGAGGUUCUUGAUGUCCCUUAAGUUGUCAACUUUGAUUUGUAUAUUUUUUGAGGUUUCAUCACAUGACCCCACUUUUCCAACUACUCCGCCCAGUCAGACAGCCAUUUCUUUGUCCUUGCUCCAAUGGUUUGUAACUAAUAAAUGAAAGAAAUGGAAAAAACAUGCCUUUAUGAUUUUAUUUUUUUCCCAGGGUUACUUAAGACAACGAUGAGUCUUUAAUUCCUGGCAUUUCUUGCACAGGCCUAGAGAGUUGUUAACUUUCGCCUCACAACAAGCUGGGAUUAGAAAAUGUACAGGAAGACUGCCAGUGAGCAUGAUAGGCCUGAGAGCAUGUUUUGCGUGAGGACUUGGUGGAAAAUCUAUCCUCAUAUUAGAGUAUUAAAACAUUAUAUAUCAGCAAUUUGUUUCAAAUGUCACCCACUUUAAACAGCCAGCCCACAGCAACAUAUUAACGCGUAGAAUUCCGCUUACUGUGUUUUCUGUACAUUGUAACUGUGAAUUUGUUCCAUCAGUGACAAAAAUAAUAACGUCUGUAGAUAUUGGUUUCCGCUUUAUAGCCUUAAU